AGACAUGUCGUGGCUCAUUUGGACCCAUCUCGCCGCCCGCUUGCAAUGCUGGCGCCACCUUCGGCACGGCCAGCGGAGUUAAGCUCACAGCUCAGCCUUACAGGUGCGCUGCUGGAGAUCGACCCGGCUGCAAACCCGGCCAACUACUGGCGGCGGAACGCGUGGGACGUUGAGGCGAUCAAGCGAGACAUUCGCGCGGUGUGCGGAGAAGGCUUGCCGGAAAGACGCGAUGGGACCUUUUCCAGCUUGGUCUCCACGCUCCGGUCCGGAAAAGCUGCAGGCAAGGCCGUGAGCAAAGGCUCAGGCCAGGACGCCCGACUUCUCAGCCUCGGCAAGAGUCAAGGCAGCAGCCCAGGCCCUCGGACCCUACACCCAACGAAACCCCAUCCGCCUCCACUGGGCUCAAAAGUCGUGCCUGACAAGAUGCCGGACGUGGACAACGAAGGCCGGCCCUACAAUCUGAAGCUGGUCGUGGUGAAUUUCAACAAUGUCGGAACAAAAUAUGGCAUCCUCUUUCACAAGGACGAAGAGUGCAUGUUCAACUGGGAGGGCGUGCGCCGCUGCGCCAAAGAGCUGACGAAGAGAUGCUUCAAAGUCAUAGGCGUGAUCUAUCAGAACUGGAGAGCUUAUGAUGGCGAUCAAUGGGUCGACGGCAUCCCUCAGGACAUCCGAAGCAUGUGCGAGUCCAUCCAAGAGACGCCUCGGAUAGCUGGCAUAAAUCAAAAGAGUGCAGAUGACGAAAUGACGAUCAAAUGCGCUUACCAUCGCAACUGCCGCCUUUUAGACAACGACAAUUACAAGGACUGGCUGCACACAUUGAGGAAGGAUGAGAUUCGGGAUUGGUAUCAGUUCAGCCAGCACAGGAUCCACAUGAAGUACUUCUUCGACUCGCAGGUGGGGUUCUUCGAGACACUGGACGGCAAUGCUGCGCGUGGGGCCAGCGAGGAGAGGGAAGACCCUCGGAGAAAGUCUCGUAACCGUGUGGCGGGGAACGCCAACGCAUCAAGCGCUGCAAAUGCAAGGCCCAACGAGCAGCGCGUUUGCGUCACCCCGCCUGACUUCACCGCCCGGGCCGGCCCGGUCCUUGCGGCCCCAGCACCUGCGGGCCCUGCUGCAGCCUCUGCAGUGCCCUCGGCGCCAGCGACUCACGCAGCACUGGGGCUGGCAGUGAUGGUGCCGACCAUCACUGGCUUCAGGCAACACCGGGGACCGACCAUUACCAUGCCAACCAUAACACCAGCGCCAAGCAGCGCCGUGGAUCUCACAGCCGAGCCUCCGCGACGCCCGGCAGCUGCCAUGAAUAUGGCAAAGGCUGGCUGGACUCCGCUGUGCGCCGCUGCGCAGCAGGGGAAAAUUGAUGCGGCGAAGCGGCUGUUGGACGCAGGCGCAGACCCAAACAUUCCAAACGCCUUGGGUGCGCACCCGAUUUUUUACGCCCUCCACAACUGGAGCUUGCGCAUGUUUCGCCUCCUGCUGAAGCAUGGCGGCUCAAUGGAACGAGCCAGGAGUGAGAGAGGCGAGACUUUGAAGGCGUAUGUGGAGAGGAAGGUGAAGCAGGCCGGGCAAUUGAAGCGUGGCGGGGCCGCCUUCUUCUCGACCGCCUCGCGGCAGGAGCUGCUGAAAAUGGUGGGUGCGCGCAAAGCCGCACAGUCGGCGCUGGAGUCGGCCGCCUUGGCCCGCAAGCGCCGGAGGAGCGACGCCCAAAUCCAGCCUCCGAAGGCACGAGCGCGUGUCGACCCCUAUGGCGGCAGCGUCAACGCAGUAGACCUGACAGAAGCAGGCAGCGCUUUGCGCAGGUCGGGCAACCAAGAGACGCGAGAGGCAGACCUCGACAUGGAUGACAAUUCCUUGGCCACCUUGCUGGGCGCUGCGAUGCAGGAGGAGAUUGAUGCCAUGCAGGACGGCGAUGCCACGCCGCCAGCGACGGAGCCAGGCACCACGUCUAUCCACCCUGGACCAGUUGGCGCUGCUCAUUCAGAUGGCGAUUGAACGUGCCAAGCGUGCCUGGUGUCUUCACACCUUUGUCUGCCGUGUUCCUCUUUAUUUAAAAUGAGAUGUUGUUUGCCGGCGUGCCUGAUUGAUUUGAAAGUGUUCGCUCUAACGCACCAGCUCAGUACAGCUACGUUAAGCGCGCUUUGAAUGGCGUGGCUGCGUGCGGCCCAUCGGUUCAGAAAAGUGGCGUGUGCAAUUGCAGCGCUUUGAGCCAUCGUUGGGAUCCAGAUUUGCAUUUUUGCGUCCUUAUCAGCCACAGCGCAAGCGAAAACAGAACCA